AUGCCAAACCCUGCCGGGAGUAUACCAAAGCCGAGCCGAGGUUUAAUAAUUGUCUUAUUGCAACUCGAGCACAAGUCUGUUUCUCGCACAGCAGAAACUGUGACAGCCGAAAUGGUACUUAGAGGGUUGGUGCGUGGAGUUGUCCUGGAAUGUUGCUGCUGCUGCUGCUGCGCUGUAAGUGCUCAUGAAGCUGUGGUGUCGGAGGGCGCUGCUCAUGCACAUACGGCUGCUUUGCUGCUGCUGCUGCUGCUUGCUGCAAUUGGCUGCUUGCAUGAAUAUCACUCAGACCAGAACAGCGCGGGCGACAUGGAUCCCUGUGCAGCAGAGCAGGGUAUCCUUGCUUGUUUUGGCAGUGCUGACAUGUUAUGUGAUGUUGUUUUUGCAGGUGUCGUAUUGGCUGAUCCAAAGAAUGAACAGUCAAUCCAUGCACAACAGACACCCUCAGCAAAGCCGAUGAAGCCAGAAGAUGCGGUCGCAACAACAGGCAAACCUUUGGUACCUCAGCAGGUGAUGCGUGUUUCACUAGCUCAGCAACCAGUUUCUCCAUGUGAGUUGAGCCGCACUGCUGCUGUUUAUGUUGCAGGAAGUCAGGAUACCGACCAGCAACGUCGCCACUGCGCCACAGCCAAGACACCGAUUCCAGCCAGAGAU